GAGAUCGUCUACAGUUGGGUGUUUAAUGAGUUCCCUUCCUUCGUGGCGGAAGACAGCCGGAGGUUCAUCUCCCAGGAAACAGGCAACCUUUAUAUUUCUAAAGUCCAAGCAUCAGAUGUCGGCAGUUAUAUUUGUCUGGUGAAAAACACGGUGACGAACGCACGAGUGCUCAGCCCCCCGACCCCGCUCACGCUGCGGAACGACGGUGUGAUGGGAGAGUAUGAGCCGAAAAUCGAGGUUCAUUUUCCAGUUGCGCUUCCAGCCGCGAAGGGAACGACCGUUAGGAUGGAGUGCUUUGCACUUGGCAACCCAGUUCCGACCAUCUCGUGGAUGAAGGUGAACGGGUAUAUCCCUAGUAAGGCCCGUCUGCGGAAGUCACAGGCUGUGCUGGAAAUACCCAACGUGCAGCUGGACGACACGGGCCUGUAUGAAUGCCGAGCCGAAAACACUCGAGGGAAAAACUCCUUUCGUGGACAGCUGCAAGUGUACACUUUCCCGCAUUGGGUGGAGAGGCUGAACGACACCCAGCUAGACAGCGGCAGCCCGCUGCGGUGGGAGUGCAAGGCAGCCGGCAAGCCGCGGCCCGCCUACCGCUGGCUGAAAAACACCGCCCCGCUCUCGCCUCAGAGUAGAGUGGAGAUGGUUAACGGAGUAUUGGUGAUCCACAAUGUGAAUCAGUCAGAUGCUGGAAUGUACCAGUGUGUGGCGGAAAAUAAAUACGGAGCCAUUUACACGAGUGCUGAGCUGAAGAUUCUGGCCUCAGCUCCCACUUUCGCACUAAAUCAACUGAAGAAGGCAGUCAUUGUCACCAGAGGCCGAGAAGUCUCCAUAGAGUGCAAACCCCAAGGCUCUCCAAAACCAGCCAUCUCUUGGAAGAAGGGAGACAAAGCAGUUAGAGUGAACAAAAGAAUAGCUAUUCUUCCAGACGGGAGUCUACGGAUCCUAAACGCUUCUAAAUCAGACGAGGGAAAGUACGUUUGCCAAGGGGAGAAUGUCUUUGGUUCUGCAGAAAUCAUAGCUUCAGUGUCGGUCAAAGAACCCACGAGGAUAGAACUUACUCCUAAGAGAACAGAGCUAACAGUAGGAGAAAGUAUUGUCCUUAACUGCAAAGCGAUUCACGACGCCAGUCUGGACGUCACUUUCCACUGGACGCUAAAAGGCCAGCCCAUCGAUUUUGAGAAAGAAGGCGGACAUUUUGAAAGCAUCCGGGCCCAAGCAUCCUCUGCAGAUUUAAUGAUCAGGAACAUCCUUCUGGUGCAUGCUGGGAGAUAUGGCUGCAGGGUACAGACCACAGCAGACAAUGUGUCAGAUGAGGCAGAACUUCUUGUUAGGGGUCCCCCAGGCCCGCCGGGCAUCGUGAUCGUCGAGGAGAUCACAGACAGCACAGCCACGCUCUCCUGGAGCCCCGCAGCUGACAACCACAGCCCAGUGUCCUGCUACAACCUGCAAGCCCGCAGCCCCUUCUCCCUGGGCUGGCAGACGGUCAGGACAGCCCCAGAAGUCAUAACCGGGGACAUGGAGUCAGCCAUGGCGGUGGACCUGAGCCCCUGGGUGGAAUACGAGUUCAGAGUCGUGGCCACCAACCCCAUCGGGACCGGAGACCCCAGCGCGCCCUCGCGCCUCAUCCGCACCAACGAAGCAGUUCCAAAGACGGCCCCCACCAGCGUCAGUGGGCGGAGUGGAAGGAGGCACGAGCUGGUCAUCGCCUGGGAGCCAGUAUCUGAAGAGUUCCAGAAUGGGGAAGGCUUCGGCUACAUAGUGGCCUUCCGGCCCAAUGGCACCCGAGGCUGGAAGGAGAAGAUGGUGACGUCCUCUGAGGCCUCCAAGUUCAUCUACCGGGACGAAAGCGUCCCCCCGCUCACGCCCUUUGAAGUGAAGGUUGGAGUCUACAACAAUAAAGGGGAUGGGCCCUUCAGCCAGAUUGUGGUCAUCUGCUCUGCAGAAGGAGAACCCAGCGCUGCCCCCACGGAUGUCCAGGCCACCGGCGUGUCUGUGUCGGAGAUUCUCGUUGCCUGGAAGCAUGCUAGAGAGAGCCUGGGAAGACCGCAGGGGUUUGAGGUGGGCUACUGGAAGGACCAAGAAGACGCCGCCGAGACGGUCAAAACGAGGGGCAACGAGUCGUCGGUGGUCCUGACGGGCCUGGACGGGAAUACUCUGUACCACGUGACCGUGAGGGCCUUCAACGGGGCCGGCUACGGGCCGGCCAGCGGCCCAGUGAGCGCCACCACCGAGAAGGCCCCGCCCAGCCAAGCGCCUGGCAACCUGCGGUGGGAGCAGCAGGGCUCUCAGCUCUCUCUGGGCUGGGAGCCCGUCCAGCCGCUGGUCAACGAGUCCGAGGUCCUGGGCUACAAGGUNNNUUACAGGCAAGAGGGCCACAGCAGCAGCCAGGUCAUCCAGACGCAGAAGCCCCGGGCGCUGGUGCUGCUCCCCGAGGCCGGCGUCUACAUCAUCGAAGUCCGGGCGUACAGUGGAGGCGGGGACGGCCCGGCGAGUGCCCAGAUCAGGGUGCCCUCUUACGCAGGUGGGAAAGUCACGAGCGCUCAGCCCUCCCUCCCCACGUCCUCGCCGUCCGUGACGCUGCUCCUGGCCUUGGUGAUCCCUUCCGCCUCGUGGUGAACUCGCGGACGCCACGCGCUUUCCUUCGCUUUAGCUUGAUAACAGCAGUGAGUAGCGUGUAGAGUCGUGAGGCCCAGGGCCUGGAGAGCAGCGAGGACUCGCGUGGGCACGGCGCUCUCCGGAGGCCGGCGGGACUCACACCCACCAGGUUUCUCUUUGGUUUUUGUAAAAGGAGAGGACAUUUCUGGGUCCAAUAAAAAUAUGCAGAUUGUAUGUAAUGCAAUUUUGUAAGCACUUGUAAUUUCUGUCAAACGUAUUCUUUACUUUUUUAA